UUUCCUGAAAUUAAAGUUUGUUAAAUCGUUGGUGCAAUCAUUUUCGGUAGGUUAUUAGUUGGAAAUCAGUGUUGGUGGAGAAUGGAGUUUUGCGAAGCAAAGAAAAUAAUAGUGUUUGAAUUUUGAAUAUUUAAUAUAUGUGACUACACGUUAUUGUGAUAAAAUGUUAUCAAAACGGCUUAAAUUUGUACUACUCGCCGUUGCCAUUUUUUUGCACGCCUUGCCCUAUAGUGAAGGCUUUAUUGUCCGUUUAAUUACGGAGACAUUGCAGAAUAAUGUGGCUGGUGAACCAAUAACGCAUGUACGCACCGAUUGGGAUUUUGAUCCAGAAAUAAGUCAAAAGCGACGAGCACUCUUCUAUGAGACAAAUGGUUAUCGCGCAGCAAAAUUUAUUGAGCGUCUCGGCCUCGGCCUCGAUGGCCAGGAAGAGGAACGAAGAGCGGAGCAACAGGCGCGUGAUGUUGGACGACUUAAUGGCGAGCAUAAUAUUAACUUCCCGCCAGAAUUACAAUUGUAGUUUUUAAUAGCAGCGAAGCUACAUAAUAUAAACAUACGCACACCUACCUACAUACAUUUGUAAAUUAAAAAUUCAAUAUUAAAUAGCAGCUCAUUUAGCAUUAAUCAUUAAGGUAAAUAAAAUGUGAAGAAGU